UUUUGUUUUCCGUAUUAGCCCCUUCUGGCUGCUCGCACCGCCGUCCUGACUUCGCUUCGUGCAAUGCGGUCCCCUGCGAGUGCCGAGCUUGUCGUCAACGUCAAAAACUUUCUCGUCGCGUCCAGCCGCACAGUGCGCCAGUUCGCUGAUUCAAAAGAAAAGAUAAACGUUAUGGAAAAUAUCGGCGAAAUCCGAUGGGGAAUAGCCGAAAAAAUAAGAAAAAGAAGAGAUUUGCUUUCGAACCAGAUACAGCCUGCCAUCGCGAUUGCUGUUUUACGGCUACAGCGUGCCGCAAGAGAGUUGCCUGCUGAAUUGAUAGAGGAACAGCAAAGAGUCAACUUAAGCAAGCGGCUGAUUGAUGAUCAACAUCGAAAGAUCCGGGAGGCUGCUUUCCGGGGGAAUGCCCUAGGUCUCCUAAGCACCCUUGUAAAAGCAUGUAUCGGAAUGUUUUCAACCGAUACUGUUAUCCUGGACGGCGCACUUGAAGCAGUGACAAUGGAUAUGGACGGGCCAGUUAUGCUACCAGGUACAGAUACCGGUGGGGAUCAAAUAAAAACGAUGUUCACUGCUGCCAAGAGCUUGAUGAGUAUUAUGUCUGAUGACGAUGACCACUUUGAUCCAGAGAAGGUUUUCAGUAAGAUCCAAAGUAUAGCGACGGCCGUCAGCGCUUCACAUUUACAGAACGGAGAUUCCGAAUCCUCCGGGCAGGUGGAUGAGAUGGUCCCAACGUCACGGCCCUCGGCUGCAACAGUGAACCAUAGAUCCGAAAUGAAAAAGGGGCUUGCUUCAGACGGAAGUGCGACGGCAACUCUUGCCAUUCAGGAGCACUACCUGAUACGCCGAGAGGAGUGGCUUCGUGUGAUGGAACAUGCUGUCCGCAACGGCAUUCUACCUUUGCUCGAUUCUUUUCAUCAAGACAUGCAGAACGUUUUUAGUGGGCCGGAAAGGUCACGCGCAGCACUAUCCCUGCGCUCAGGCCUCGGCGAGGUGCGGCUGGCACUAGCACCUCUGACGGUGGCGCACGGCGGACUGGCUGCACCCAGGGAGCUGCAGCUGUGCGCCGAGCUGCUGGACGAAAGCCUCGGGGUCCUGGUGUCGCUGCUGGAUGAGAUUGAAGAGUACCGAGAGCAGCUUGCGACAGCGGCGAGCGUGCAGUCACUCAAGUCCAGGAUGGUUUCUUGGGACAUCGAUUUCUGCACGGGGGACGGCGAAAAUAAAGAGGAGCUCAAAGAGGGUGUAGCGGUCCUCGAGAAAGCUAUCAGGGCAAACCUUGUUUUGGAGAGGCAUAACAUGGCAAUGCACAGCUAUAAGCAAUGGGCGUUCCCGUUCGCUUCCGAAUAUCUGAACCGGACGUCACCGUCGAUGGAGGAACGCACUGUAAGAAAUGGUGAUGGCGCUGCGAUAAGUGCUUCAACCGAUAUUAACGAGCUACUUGAACGCCUGGAGAGGAAUCAUGCGGUGAUAACAAACCGCGACAGCAAAAUCUUUACAAGAUAUUUCAAAUAUCCCGACUCUUUGCACCUUUGGGCACAUGACCAAUAUGAGGAGCAUCUGGACCAAUUGCUUGAAGGAAAAGAGGUCACUAUGUUGGCUAAUGUUCUAGAAAGCCCACUACAUGAGGACGCCGUAAAGUUCGACACCAUCGACGUCCGCCUCGUGUCAACAAAUGAAAGUCGGCAAAGUGAGCUCGACUUGGCAUUUGAGGAGUCUCAGAUAUCGAUGACUCACCUGGGAGUCUCCUAUUAUAAAUGUGGUAGCCAGGUCUUCUCGGUUUCUGUGGAGAGUCAAGAUAUCUCAUUUAGUGCCAAGAAAAAGGACGGGAAGCCACUCACUACCAACGGAGUGUACGAUAAACUUCGUGAUGGUGAUAUGAUGCUCAGCCCGUACGCUGUUUGGAAAAUCAAGAUCGACGGUCCACCCAGUCUCUUCAGAGUUUUGUCUUCGUUCAAGGGUGAAGUUUCGCUGGCCUUGGAAGGACACGCACAGUACGUUCAUGGACUCCAGUGCAGCAACAGUUUACGAGGAUAUUACAAAGCUGUGGAGAGCAAAUCUGAACUAAAUGUCAUGGCAAUUUAAUAGUCGUUACCUUUCUUGUACAUUUUAUUAGUACGUGCAUUUUGCUUUUGAACAAAAUAAACGAUAAUGCACUGUAAAAUGCUUGCAAACUUAUAUCCUUUGGAACGUUACAAAGAAUUCUCGAGGUUUGCAAUGCAAAGAAUUCAUUUGUAUUGCAAAGAAAUACUUUGCAAGCUGUCAGAAUCCCUGCAAACAAUGGGUUUGUAUUGUAAAGAAAGAGUACGCAAGCUUGCGGAGCAAUACCCAUUAUGUUUAACAGCUCACCGCCUUUGUGGCUGGGGUUUGGGGUGGCUGGGGUGCUGAACGAAAACGUAAUAUUGAUAUCAUUAGAAAGGGGCGGAAAUUCUCUUUCAGAUGAUACCAAUAUUAUGUUUUAGGUGAAAGAGCGACUUGAACGGUUGUCUGGAGCGCCAAGCUAGGGAAGCGGUUGGUUGGCCCCAGGCGGGAGUGAGCCGAGCGUUUGUCCCCAGCCGCGGAGGGGUUGAGCGAGUUUACACAGGGGGUAUUGGAAGAACUAGUUUUUAUAACAAUGCUUCAAAAUUCUUUGCAAUAUUCAAAGAAAAUCAUUUGCAUUAAGAACCUGUUCCUUGCAAGCAUUUUGCAGUGUGUGUUUAUUGACAUAUACAAAUAAAGUAAGUGAACCUAACCACAAA